AUGUCGUCCCAGUUCGUCCACGGGGUCUACAUCAUCAACAAGAGUGGAGGGCUGAUCUUCUCCUGGGCAGCGACGCCGGCGGCCCGACUGGACACGAACGAGGCGCUCCGCAUCGCCAGCAUUUGGCACUCCGUCAGCGCGAUCACCAAGCAGGUGUCUCCGGUGCCCGGGUGCCACGGCAUGGAGGUGAUGCACACCGACGCGUGCGACAUAUACGCCCUGCAGCCCAUGACGGGCACCAAGAUGCUCGCCGUCGUGGGCCGCGGCUGUGCGGGCGCGCAGGGCCUCCUACAGCGCGUAUACCAACUCUACUGCGACUAUGCGCUCAAGACGCCGUUCUACGAGAUGGAAAUGCCUAUUCGCUGCGAACUGUUCGACCAGGCUCUGAGCGCGGCUGUCGGGGACUUCAACGCCACCGGGAUGCUCAGCUAG